UAUGUCCAACUACGCACCCUUCAUCAAGCCAUAUGUGGAGUACAACGAGCAUGGAUGGGGUCCUUGUGAGGUGCCCGAACUGGAUGUGCCCUACCAGCCGUUCUGCAAAGGUGAUCGCCUGGGCAAAAUCUGCGACUGGACCGUGUCCUUGCCCGAGAAGAAGUUCCCCAGUAAGUACGCCUCGACCUUUGGCAACAGCAGUCAGUACGCAUACUUCUACGAGGACGACGACUCCACCUUCCAUCUGGUGGAUACCACCGGAUCGAAGGCCUUUAAGCCCUAUCAGCGGGGUCGCUAUAGACCCAACGUGCGCAACAAUGUAAGGGCCAGGGGUCGCACGGGGCGUGGCAGCCAGGCCGUAGGAGGUCCCGGAGGACCCGCGGCUGGUGGAUCUACUGCCAAUAGCACCAAGUAUGGAAAGGGUCGCAACACACGCAAUACCCAGAAUGUUGGUCGCAGAUUCGGCCGCAGUGCUCCCACCAGACUCCGCGAGAGCUCUGUGAUGGUCCAAUCGGAUUGGGUGUCGAUCGAGGAGAUUGAUUUUGCUCGCCUCCUCAAGCUGGCGCUUCCCAAUAUCAAAGAGGGCAAGGACAUCGCCACCUGCGGAUCGCUGGAGUAUUACGAUAAGUUGUACGAUCGGGUUAACUUACGCAAUGAAAAACCACUACUCAAGAUGGAUCGUGUUGUGCACACCGUGACUACCACGGAUGAUCCGGUUAUUCGACGACUCUCGAAGACCAUGGGCAAUGUCUUCGCCACCGAUGAGAUCCUUGCCACUAUAAUGUGCUGCACUCGCUCCAAUUACUCCUGGGAUGUGGUGAUCGAGAAAUUGGGCACCAAGGUGUUCUUAGAUAAACGAGAUAAUGAUCAAUUUGAUUUGCUGACCGUCAACGAGACUUCGCUGGAACCUCCGAUGGAUGAGGAGGGUUCGAUCAAUUCGGCGCAUAGCCUAGCCAUGGAGGCCACUCUCAUCAAUCACAACUUUAGUCAGCAGGUGCUUCGCAUUGGCGACCAAGAGCCACGGUUCAAGUUUGAAGAGCCCAAUCCGUUCGAGGAGCAGGGCGUGGAUCUGGCCUCCAUGGGCUAUCGCUACCGUCAGUGGGAUCUCGGCAACGAAGUGGUGCUGAUUGCUCGCUGCAAGCACAAUGGGGUUAUCCAGGGUCCCAAUGGGGAAAUGCAGUUCCUCUCCAUCAAGGCGCUGAAUGAAUGGGACUCCAAGGGGUCCAACAGUGUGGAGUGGCGCCAGAAGUUGGACACCCAGCGCGGUGCAGUGUUGGCCUCCGAGUUGCGCAACAAUGCUUGUAAACUAGCUCGUUGGACCGUUGAGGCUGUGCUGGCUGGCUCCGAUCAGCUGAAACUGGGCUAUGUGUCCAGGGUGAAUCCGCGGGACCACCUGCGCCACGUGAUCCUGGGCACACAGCAAUUCAAGCCGCAGGAAUUCGCCACCCAAAUCAACCUGAACAUGGACAAUGCCUGGGGAGUCUUGCGCUGCCUGAUCGACAUUGUGAUGAAGCAGCCGGAUGGAAAGUAUCUGAUCAUGAAGGAUCCCAACAAGUCGAUGAUCCGUCUGUACGAUAUUCCGGAAAACGCCUUCGACUCCGACUGCAAUGAUGAUACGGAGUCCAGCGAAACCUUCGUCCACUCCAACGAUAACUAACCCCACCACCAAUUUAUUUCACUAAUAGUUCUCCGAGGGGGAUAUCUCAAGGGGAUCCGUCGACAGGCGAGACAAGCCGACACAUGCUGACAGAUGCGCAGUGAACACAAAUGCAAUUUAAAUUGAGUUUUUGACCAAACACAAUAUAUGAACGAAGCCAUCACUUGUCAUGUCAGUGAACAACAGCCCGGGUGACCGGGUGCAGUCACAGUUAUUUUGAGGAUAACAUGGCCACAUCAAUCACUGCGGUUCCAAGAAAUACAAAAUGAAA